ACGACUACCCCUAUCCAUUCACCAUGAAUCGCAAUCCUAAUCAAUUCGUCGAUCAUGAACACUCCCAUCCAUUCCAUUUUAAUCCUCACCUCAAUUUUGAUUCUCACACAUAAAUGACCACCCCGAUGGACGUGCCCAAACGCAAACCCCUCCCCAUCGCCAAGGACGAAGAGGACAAUGUGAACGCGACCGCUCCGCCUCCGCCUCCGCCUCCACCAGCGGGCCCCGGCUCCUCAGGCCCGCAAUGGUGGCAGAACGGGCUCCAGCGGUGGUCCGCGCUGUCGCAGCGCAAACGGACCUUCAUUUUCAUUGCCGUCUUCGGGUCGUUGGCGCUGAUUGCUCUGAUAAUUGGAUUGGCAGUGGGGUUGACGAGGAGGGGGAGUGGACAUGCAAACCUCCCCCUCCCCACCUCCCACGGCGGCCCUUACAAAGGCGACCUGACCUACUACGACCCGGCGCUGGGGUCCUGCGGUAUCACCAGCUCUAGCUCCGACUUGAUCUGCGCGGUCUCGCAUAAGCUGUUCGAUGCGGCGUCAACGGGCUCGAAUCCGAAUGCCAAUCCGCUGUGCGGAUUGAAGUUGAGGGUGAAAAGGGGAGAAAGCAGUGUAGAUGUGAUGGUUGUGGAUCGGUGUGUUGGAUGCGAUUCGACCGACCUCGAUGUUUCUUCCGCUGCGUUCAAACGCCUCGCCGAUAUGGAUCUGGGUCGCGUGUUGAUUGAAUGGGCUUGGCUGGAUAAGGCGCCGGUCGAUACGAAGCCGUGAUGUGGCUUGCUUGCUCUCUAACUAAUGCGGAUUCUAUGUACGGUUUUAUGAUUAAUAUACGCGGAUGCAUCAGGUCGUGCUCUCGUUUCAUCGUUCUUUUCUCGUUCAAUACUCAGGCCAUUCCGGGUCGACCUGUUCACGCCAGGCGCGGAACCCCCCUCGGAUAUCGGCAAUCUUGCGUUCGCCGCUGCGAUCCAGUCCCAACUCCUUCAGCUUUUUGACUGCAACCUGGGAGUCGUUGCCUAGACGGCAGACCACGUAAAUGGGAUUUGUGGAGUCAGGGACGAUAGUCUCGGGAAGCCAAGAUGGGCGAGAUGACGGCUCAUUACCAUCGGGACUGGUCGUGGCUGUUCCGGAUAAGAUGGUCGAGAUAGGGACGUUGACACUCUUCUCCAGACUGCAGAUAUCAUACUGGACCUUUUCGCGGACGUCGAUGAUAGUGGCCUCAU